AUGGGGCAGCGGAGGGGUCCGGCCGUGCUGCUCCUCGCCCUGGGGCACCUGGCCGGGCUGCUGGCAGCGGGACCCGUCUGCGCCGAUGCUUACCGGGGCCUCUCGGACUGCGUCCUCAAGCUGGGGGACAGCAUGGCCACCUACGAGGAGGAGGAGGGCAUCGAGCAGCAGGGGCUGCACCGAGUCUGCAGGUACUGGGAUGAAUUCCACACCUGUGCCCUGACGGUGCUCUGGGAAUGCCAGAAGGAAGCGGCGGCCGUCUGGGAGAUGCUGAGAAGGGAGUCCCGAAAAAACAGGUUUCAAGGCAGCUUGUUCGACCUCUGCAGCCCCAGCAUGGCCCAAAGCUCUGCCUGGACCCAUGUUCCCAACGUUUCCAUCCUCAGUAUCCCCCUCAUCGUCACUUGGGUGAACUUAUAAACCGCAGCUCUGUGAGUAUCCCAACAAAGGCAGUGGCAGUUUGUGCCGUGGCAUCUUUCUGAUGGUUUUUCCAAGCCUGAGGAAUGUCCUGUGUGGAGCUCAGAGACACUCAGCUCCAUCCUGCACCUGUGGGACAUGGGAGAGCUUGGCAGGAUCUCCUGGGUGUUCCUGUUUGUCUGUAAUUUGGAAUAAUGCCUGUCCAUUUCUGCUUCAAGACACAGAUCUGGCUGUCUGGAGAAUUUGGGAGCUUAUAGAUAUGGGGCAGAGGAUUUAGGAAAAAGUGAUAAAUUCUGGAAAAAUGGCAAAUGUUGGACUCUUUCCACUCUUCUAUGGCUACUGGAAGGAAAUUUGUUUGCUGACUAUUUCCACCAGAUGAACUCUCCAGGCUUUGGAUUUGGGCACUGAAAACAAGAUGGGCAUUUUGACCACUGAGAUGCAAGGGGUGG